CGAAGUGCAGCUUGCAAGUUAGUGUCUGUGUAUGUGUAUGUGAGUGAGGGAGAGAGAGAACCAGCGGCGAAAUGAGUAUAAGAGUGUAUUACACAACCGUUGCCGGCUCCAGGGAGGUGAAAUCCCAGCAGUCAGAGGUGACUCGCGUCAUGGACAGUAAAGGCAUCAAGUAUGAAAUGAUCGACAUUGCACAAAAUAAUGCUUUGAAGGAGGAGAUGAGGAGCAAGUCAGGAAACCCCAGCGCACUGCCUCCUCAGAUCUUCAAUGGCGAGCAGCACUGUGGGGGUUACGAGGACUUUGUGGAAGCUGUGGAAACGAGUGACGUGAGGAAGUUCCUGAAGCUCGACUAAAUUCCCUCUGUGCCAGAUUGACGAGAGGCAGAGUGCAAAGCCAACCCUGAUGCAACUCACUCACCCGCAUGCAAUCCUAAUCAUACAACCCUGUUGGAACCACCAACAAACAGCAACAGCUUCCCUGUUUGCUCAGCCUUCGCUCCUUGAUUGGAAGCUUGUCGCCAAUUCUUCCAUUCCAUUGCCAUUCUUCCACUAACUAUUAAUGAGUUAAGCCUAGUUAUUCCACGACUGAAUUAAAACCUUGCCAUUCCUCAGGGUAAGGUCUUGGAUGCAAAAUCAAAUGGGGAGGGUGUUGAGUGACUCAUAGUCUAGGGGAGAGAUGCUUGAUGGGAGGGCAGGUGUGAUUCAGAGUGCCACUGGAUGGGACCAAUUUAGAAAUUUUACUCCCUCUCACUGGGUAUUUGGGAUGUGAGGGUGAAUGAAUGGAGCAGAGGGUCUGGGUCCUGAACUGGUAUUGGGGAAUGGGAACAAACCUGGGAUUGGAUUGGGAAGGGGCAGAUGCUGUUGGAAAGUAUUGGGUCCUUGGAUGGAAGAAGGGAGCUUGCUGGGAGGAAUAGAGGUGGUGCAGUCCUUGCCUGCAGUGUGAGGGCGGGGGGUGGUGGUGAGCUAGUGGAAAGAUUUUUUUUCAUGUAGUGGGAUGUGCCUCAAUAAAUGACCUUUAUUGGGGCUGCCUCAUGUACUUAUUUUUAAAUGCCGUUGAUUACCACUAAUACCCUGGAUGUUACAUCAUUAAACCAGAUAUUACAGGAUGGGUCUUAAAGGAACCAGUGGGAUUUGGAGAGGUGGCUCAUUCUCACUCAGCUUUGCGAGGUGCCCAUCAUGGGUUCCAUUACUGCAGGUGAGACACACUGGCUUCUUGUUGACCAUCUCCGUUGGGUAUGUGGGUCGUUGAAAUGAUCUUGGUUCUGUUGGGUUUGGCACCCUGUUCUGUCAGUAGUGGCCCGGGACAAGGCUUUCCGUUUUACACCCCGCGACCGUACCCACAAACUCCGAACAUUCCACGACUGAGGUUCACUCCCUGCUGCAGCCUCUUCGGUGCUUUAAUUCAUUAUGUAAACGAGAUUGCAAUUAUCACGGGAAUGUCUGCUUGGAUGCACAGCAGCUGUUAGGGAAAUGCUUCAAAGUCAUUGCAAGGCCUGUGCACUCACACUCUUAACUUUUUCUUUCACUCUAUUUUCUCUCUUUUCCCUCUUCGCAGCUCUCUCUCCUUUUUGCUAUCUCAACCUGGACCAAGUAGGUUUUCUGCCAAAAUAUUAAAUAAUGUCUUCCAGGAAGAUAUGAAAUGUUUUGAACUCUCCAA